AUAGGAGGCCAUUUUGAGUAACUGCUGUUAGUUUACUUCACAACACCACCGCUGUUUUCAAGUUUGCAGGUAUUUCAAAGCGCUUUAAUGUCUCGUUUUAAAAGAGGAGCACAUGUGGACUCUCGAGCAGGAUUUAGACAAGAGAAGGAAGACUGUCCUGUCCCAUAUGGAUUAUUAAAAUCUGCUAGAAAGAGUGGACAGCUCAAUUUAUCCGGGCGCGGUCUCACUGAAGUUCCCCAGAGUGUGUGGAGGUUGAACUUAGACACACCUGAAGAAGCCCAGCAGAACUUGUCUUUUGGAGCUGCAGAUCGCUGGUGGGAGCAGACAGAUUUAACCAAACUUCUGUUGUCCUCCAACAAACUUCAAAGCCUCUCUGAUGACAUCAAACUGCUCUCUGCACUGGUUGUCCUGGAUAUACAUGACAAUCAACUAAGCUCACUACCAGAAUCCAUUGGAGAACUAGAGCAACUGCAGAAACUCAUACUGAGUCAUAAUAAACUGACAGAUUUGCCUGCCGGUCUCUGGAGACUUACGAAUCUACGAUGUCUCCAUCUGCAGCAGAACCAGAUGGAACGGCUUCCACAGGAUUUAGGGCAGCUGAUUCAUUUAGAUGACUUUGAUGUCUCCAACAAUCAAUUAACGGAUAUUCCGGAAAGCCUUUCAAAAUUGACCAAUCUUGUCAAACUGAAUUUGUCCUGCAAUAGGUUGAAAAGUCUCCCUCCUGCAAUCAGUCAAAUGAAAAACAUAAGAAUGUUGGACUGCUCCCGAAAUCAGCUGGAAAGCGUCCCUCCCGUUCUGGCUCAGAUGGAGUCUCUCGAACAGCUUAACCUAAGACACAACAAGUUACGCCUUCUUCCAGAACUGCCCUGCUGUAAAACCCUCAAGGAACUCCAUUGUGGGAACAACCAGAUUGAGGUACUGGAGGCGGACCAUUUGAAGCACUUGAGUGCUUUAAGUUUCUUGGAGCUCAGAGAUAACAAGGUGAAGAAACUUCCUGAAGAAAUAACUCUACUGGAAGGCCUGGAGCGGCUGGAUCUUACGAACAAUGAUGUCAGCAGCCUGCCUAGUGGACUUGGCACAUUACCCAAGCUUAAGUCAUUGUCUUUGGAGGGCAAUCCACUGAGGGCAAUCCGCAGAGACCUUCUGACGAAAGGCACUGGGGAACUCCUAAAAUAUCUCAGGAGUCGAGUACAAGAGCAACCUGAUGGGGACAUCAAAGAUGAGCCAAAAACAGCAAUGACUCUCCCAAGUCAGGCUAAGAUCAAUGUACAUGCCAUCAAAACUCUGAAAACACUGGAUUACAGUGAGAAACAUGAGGCAUUAAUUCCCGAUGAGGUGUUUGAUGCAGUUGGUGACAGUGCUGUGACCAAUGUGAAUUUCAGCAAAAAUCAGCUAACCUCAGUUCCACAAAGAAUUACAGAGUUAAAGGACACUCUUGCAGACAUUAACCUUGGGUUUAACAAGCUAACAACUAUUCCAGUGGAAUUUUCAAAACUGCAGCUGCUGGUACAUAUAGAUCUCAGGAACAAUUUACUGAUGUCAUUGCCCAUGGAGUUGGAAGCACUAACUAAACUACGCAGUAUUAUUUUAUCUUUUAAUAAGUUCAAGUCUUUCCCAGAGGUGUUGUACCACAUCUCAUCUCUCGAGACCAUUUUAAUGUGUAACAAUCAAGUUGGAGGUAUCGAUCCUGUUCGACUGAAGAUCCUAAAUAGGCUGUCCACUCUAGAUUUGUCCAACAAUGACAUUAUGCAAGUGCCACCAGAACUUGGCAACUGUAUCAGUCUGAGAGCUCUAAUGCUUGAUGGGAAUCCUUUCCGUAAUCCAAGAGCUGCGGUCUUAAGUAAAGGAACGGAUGCUGUACUUGAGUAUCUCAGAAGUCGUAUUCCAGCGUAAUCUUCAAUGUAAUUUCAAUCAUCAACAUUGCACAACAAUCAAUUCUUGUGCCAUAACAUUUACUACCAAAUCAAAUACUUCUAGUGUGCUACAUCUCAGUAGAAAUGUUAUGAUUUACAUUUCAAACACUGACCAAAACGAUUUACGUUUACAAUUAUCUCCUGCCACUCUGGUCUUAACAUUUGAAUAAGAAAACCGAAUUUUCUAAUGAAUCUUUUACAGAUAAACCAUCUGCAUGUUUGUACUGAAACUGACAUACCAACCAAAUGAAUAAAGACUUUGUUUGUG